AAGCAACCCUCCUACCUCGGCCUUCCAGAAUGCUGGGAUUACAGAGAGAAGAGGUACUCCCUUAUAGGGACUUGUAAAGACAUAGAGCAUCUGGAAAUUAACUGCCUCCUUUACGCUGCUGAGUCACACACAACGCUUGUUAUGUUUUCGUCACUUCUCUCCAGAAGGCUACAUUAUUGGAAUUUUGAAGUCAUGAAAACAUCAGAUGAACCAACCUGCAACACCUUGGAUUCAGAUUGGAAGAUAAAGAGAAAGUUUAAAGAAUGUGGCCUAUAAAGGCGGGUACCUGGAAAUAUUAACCGACUCACACUGUAAAAAUGAGACCAGUUUCUAAACAAUAGAGAUUGUUUUAGUACGACAUCAAGGUUCAAGACAAAUGUUGAACUAAAAACUUUACACUCCCCACCCCCGUUCACACAGGUACCAGCAUUGGUGAAUUAUGAUUUUCCUUAGUCAGAAGCACUCAUUUUUACCCAUGUAGACCAUCCUUAGGAAUUAAAUAUUGGUUAUUUAAUGUAGAUUAUAAUGGGAAGCUGAUUUUUUUCACAAUGGCAGAUUUCAAGGACUUGGUUCCAAACUGAGCUGAAGCUUCCCAAUGAGUUUUGUACAGUCUUGGAAAAGCUGUGCUGCACUGGCCGACUUUUGAAGGCCAUCAUGCUCUGUAAUAUAAGGAUAUCAUCUUAUUGCUGAUAUCUUUGGAGAGUCCCCAGCAGACACAGAAAAUGAAUGGAGGCAAAGAGUGUGACGGAGGGGACAAGGAAGGAGGUCUUCCAGCUAUACAAGUUCCUGUGGGUUGGCAGCGUCGUGUGGAUCAAAAUGGAGUGCUUUAUGUCAGUCCCAGUGGGUCUUUGUUAUCUUGCUUGGAGCAGGUUAAAACAUACCUGCUUACCGAUGGAACAUGCAAGUGUGGCUUGGAAUGUCCUCUUAUUCUUCCCAAGGUGUUUAAUUUUGAUCCUGGAGCUGCUGUGAAACAGAGAACUGCAGAAGAUGUUAAGGCAGAUGAAGAUGUCACAAAGCUAUGCAUACAUAAAAGAAAAAUUAUUGCAGUGGCCACACUUCAUAAAAGCAUGGAAGCCCCACAUCCUUCUCUGGUGCUCACCAGUCCUGGAGGAGGAACAAAUGCAACUCCAGUAGUACCUUCUCGGGCAGCAACUCCAAGAUCAGUAAGAAAUAAGUCUCAUGAAGGAAUUACAAAUUCUGUAAUGCCUGAAUGUAAGAAUCCUUUCAAGUUAAUGAUUGGAUCAUCAAAUGCCGUGGGAAGGCUAUAUGUACAAGAACUGCCUGGAAGCCAACAACAAGAACUCCACCCUGUCUACCCCCGACAGAGAUUGGGCAGCAGUGAACAUGGACAGAAAUCUCCAUUCCGUGGCAGCCAUGGAGGCCUGCCCAGCCCAGCGUCAUCAGGUUCCCAGAUAUAUGGAGAUGGUUCAAUCUCCCCAAGGACUGACCCACUUGGAAGUCCUGAUGUUUUCACAAGAAAUAAUCCUGGUUUUCAUGGAGCUCCCAAUUCUAGUCCUAUUCACCUGAAUAGGACUCCUCUUUCUCCACCUUCAGUAAUGCUACAUGGUUCUCCUGUACAGUCAUCCUGUGCAAUGGCUGGAAGGACUAAUAUACCUCUUUCCCCAACCUUGACUACAAAGAGUCCAGUAAUGAAAAAACCAAUGUGUAAUUUUUCAACUAAUAUGGAAAUACCACGAGCAAUGUUCCACCACAAACCACCCCAAGGCCCACCUCCCCCUCCUCCACCUUCUUGUGCUCUUCAGAAAAAGCCAUUAACAUCUGAGAAAGAUCCACUUGGCAUUCUUGACCCUAUUCCUAGUAAACCAGUGAAUCAGAACCCUGUUAUCAUUAAUCCAACCAGUUUCCAUUCAAAUGUCCACUCUCAGGUACCUAUGAUGAAUGUAAGCAUGCCUCCUGCUGUUGUUCCUUUGCCAAGUAAUCUCCCAUUGCCAACUGUAAAACCUGGCCACAUGAAUCAUGGGAGUCAUGUACAAAGAGUUCAGCAUUCAGCUUCAACCUCCCUGUCCCCUUCUCCAGUGACAUCCCCAGUGCACAUGAUGGGGACUGGAAUUGGAAGGAUUGAGGCAUCGCCCCAAAGAUCACGCUCAUCUUCCACAUCAUCAGAUCAUGGAAAUUUCAUGAUGCCACCUGUAGGACCCCAGGCCACUUGUAGUGGUAUUAAGGUUCCACCCAGGUCACCAAGGUCAACAAUAGGGUCCCCAAGGCCAUCAAUGCCAUCAAGCCCUUCUACCAAGUCCGAUGGACAUCAUCAGUACAAGGAUAUCCCUAACCCAUUAAUUGCUGGAAUAAGUAAUGUACUAAAUACCCCAAGCAGUGCAGCUUUUCCUACUGCAUCUGCCGGAAGUGGUUCUGUAAAGAGUCAGCCUGGUUUGCUGGGAAUGCCUUUAAAUCAGAUCUUGAACCAGCACAAUGCUGCCUCCUUUCCAGCAAGUAGUUUACUCUCAGCAGCAGCCAAAGCACAGCUAGCAAAUCAAAACAAACUUGCUGGUAACAACAGUAGCAGCAGUAGCAAUUCUGGAGCUGUUGCCGGCAGUGGCAACACUGAAGGACAUAGCACUUUAAACACCAUGUUCCCUCCUACUGCCAACAUGCUUCUCCCAACAGGUGAAGGGCAAAGUGGUCGAGCAGCACUAAGAGAUAAGCUGAUGUCUCAGCAAAAAGACUCACUGCGGAAAAGAAAACAACCACCUACGACAGUGUUGAGUUUGCUCAGACAGUCUCAGAUGGAUAGUUCUGCAGUUCCUAAACCUGGACCUGACUUGCUAAGGAAGCAGGGUCAGGGUUCAUUUCCCAUCAGUUCAAUGUCUCAGUUACUACAGUCUAUGAGUUGUCAAAGCUCUCACUUGAGUAGCAAUAGUACCCCGGGUUGUGGGGCCUCAGAUACUGCUUUGCCUUGCUCUGCUAACCAGCUGUAUUUUACAGAUCCCAGUAUGAACUCUAGUGUUCUUCAGAAUUCACUGACACAGAACAUACCUUUAAGAGGGGAAGCCGUGCACUGCCACAAUGCAAACACUAACUUUGUUCACAGUAACAGUCCAGUCCCCAACCACCAUCUUGCAGGUUUAAUAAAUCAGAUUCAGGCUAGCGGGAACUGUGGGAUGCUCAGUCAGUCGGGCAUGGCUUUAGGAAAUUCCUUACAUCCCAAUCCACCUCAGUCAAGAAUUUCAACGUCCUCCACUCCAGUGAUACCAAACAGCAUUGUUAGCAGCUAUAAUCAAACAAGUUCUGAAGCAGGCGGUUCAGGACCGUCAUCCUCCAUAGCUAUAGCGGGCACCAACCACCCUGCCAUCACAAAGACAACAUCUGUUCUUCAAGAUGGCGUCAUAGUCACCACCGCAGCUGGAAACCCACUGCAGAGUCAGCUGCCUAUUGGGAGUGAUUUUCCUUUUGUUGGCCAGGAGCACGCACUUCAUUUUCCAUCCAACAGCACUUCAAACAACCAUCUUCCACACCCCUUGAACCCCAGCCUCCUCAGUUCUCUACCUAUCUCUUUGCCAGUGAAUCAACAGCAUCUCCUAAACCAGAAUCUAUUAAAUAUCCUCCAGCCUUCAGCAGGAGAAGGCAAGUCUGAGAUCAACCUCCACCCUUUAGGUUUUCUCGACCCGAAUGUAAACGCUGCUUUAGCUUUUCUCUCCAGUGACAUGGAUGGGCAGGUAUUGCAGCCUGUUCACUUUCAGCUCUUAGCAGCCCUGCUUCAGAACCAAGCCCAAGCAGCUGCCAUGGUUCCCCUGCCAUCUUUCAAUCUGACCAUCUCAGAUCUUUUCCAACAGCAAAAUACCCCUUUACCCUCAUUAACACAGAUGACAGCCCCACCAGACCAUUUGCCAAGCAAUCAGUCAGACAACAGCCGAGCUGAGACCCUUUUAACCAGCCCCCUGGGGAACCCUUUACCAAGCUUUGCAGGCAGUGACACUACUUUUAACCCCCUGUUCCUCCCAGCUGUCAAUGGGGCCUCAGGAUUAAUGACCUUGAAUCCCCAGCUGUUGGGAGGUGUCCUGAACUCGGCAUCGGCCAACACCGCUAAUCAUCCAGAGGUUUCCAUAGCAACCUCCUCCCAGGCAACCACUACCACAACCACUACAUCAUCAGCAGUGGCAGCACUGACUGUCUCAACACUUGGUGGGACAGCAGUGGUGUCAAUGGCAGAAACAUUGCUGAAUAUAUCUAAUAAUGCUGGGAAUACACCUGGUUCAGCUAAACUCAACAGUAACUCUGUGGUGCCACAGCUACUUAACCCUCUACUGGGGACAGGUCUACUUGGUGAUAUGUCAUCAAUAAACAAUACUUUGAAUAACCAUCAACUGACUCAUCUACAGUCGCUGUUAAACAACAAUCAGAUGUUUCCUCCAAAUCAGCAACAGCAGCAACUUCUCCAGGGGUACCAGAAUCUCCAGGCGUUCCAAGGACAGUCCACAAUUCCUUGCCCAGCUAACAAUAACCCCAUGGCUUGUCUGUUUCAGAACUUUCAGGUGAGAAUGCAGGAAGAUGCAGCUCUCCUAAACAAAAGAAUAAGCACUCAGCCUGGGCUCACAGCACUUCCUGAGAAUCCAAACACUACACUUCCACCUUUUCAAGAUACACCUUGUGAGUUGCAACCGAGGAUUGACCCAUCUCUUGGUCAACAGGUGAAGGAUGGCCUCGUUGUGGGUGGCCCAGGUGAUGCUUCCGUAGAUGCCAUUUACAAAGCAGUUGUCGAUGCAGCCAGCAAGGGAAUGCAGGUUGUCAUCACCACUGCAGUCAACAGUACAACUCAGAUCAGCCCCAUUCCAGCUCUGAGUGCCAUGAGUGCCUUCACUGCUUCAAUUGGUGACCCAUUAAAUCUCUCCAGUGCUGUCAGUGCGGUCAUUCAUGGACGGAACAUGGGAGGUGUUGAUCAUGACGGUAGGCUGAGGAAUUCAAGAGGGGUUCGGCUGCCCAAGAAUCUAGACCAUGGGAAAAAUGCGAACGAAGGAGAUGGGUUUGAAUAUUUCAAGUCAGCAAGUUGCCACACAUCCAAAAAACAGUGGGACGGGGAGCAAAGCCCCAGAGGGGAGCGAAACAGGUGGAAGUAUGAGGAAUUUUUAGAUCAUCCAGGCCAUAUCCACAGCAGUCCUUGUCAUGAAAGGUCCAAUAAUGUCUCUACACUGCCAUUUCUGCCUGGGGAACAGCACCCAAUACUGUUACCACCAAGAAACUGUCCAGGGGAUAAAAUUCUAGAGGAAAAUUUCAGGUAUAAUAACUACAAAAGAACUAUGAUGAGUUUUAAGGAGAGACUAGAGAACACUGUGGAAAGAUGUGCACACAUUAAUGGGAAUAGACCUCGACAGAGUCGGGGAUUUGGAGAGCUGCUAAGCACUGCAAAGCAAGACCUGGUCCUAGAGGAGCAGUCUCCAAGUUCCUCAAAUAGUUUGGAAAAUUCUCUGGUCAAAGACUACAUCCAUUACAAUGGAGACUUUAAUGCCAAAAGCAUUAAUGGGUGUGUGCCUAGCCCUUCAGAUGCUAAAAGCAUUAGUAGUGAAGAUGACCUAAGGAAUCCAGACUCCCCCUCUUCAAAUGAAUUGAUACAUUAUAGACCAAGGACGUUCAAUGUUGGCGACUUGGUCUGGGGCCAAAUCAAAGGACUGACUUCCUGGCCUGGAAAAUUAGUAAGAGAAGACGACGUUCACAAUUCAUGUCAACAAAGCCCAGAGGAAGGGAAGGUGGAGCCCGAGAAGUUGAAGACACUAACGGAAGGUUUGGAAGCCUACAGCCGUGUCCGGAAAAGGAACAGAAAAAGUGGAAAGCUAAAUAACCAUUUAGAAGCUGCUAUUCAUGAGGCCAUGAGUGAACUGGACAAAAUGUCUGGGACUGUACACCAAAUCCCACAGAGUGACAGACAAAUGAGACCCCCCAAACCCAAGAGGAGGAAGAUCUCCAGAUAACAGAGACUACUCCACUAAUGCGCAGUGUUUAAUAAAGGAACAUGCACAGAUGUAUCUGUAUAUAGGUAUUGAUAUAGCCACUGUUAUAUCAAUAUUUAGACUAUGGCAGAUAGCUACCACCACCAUAGGGUGCUAAAAGAAACAGUGAUACAAAAGUUUUUUGAUCAGGAAGGAUAAUGAAUGCUGGAAAAACCAAUCAAAAUCUCUGUGUGAUGAGAGUGAUAAAUGGUCAAGAGAUUACUGAGAAACUCUUUUUCUAUAAUACUAAAUUGUGAUUAUAAGAAAUAGUCCAAAUGUUUCUGAAGAAUUUUCAAUGUUGUAUAUAGAAAAUACAGAAUUUCAUGGUGAUAUCAGAAAUGUAAAUAUUGUACAAUAUUGUCAUGUACAAGCGUACCUAAUGCACACUUUAUCUUUUAUUGUACAAAGAAAUAGUGUACAAAAUUCUUUGGUUUCUAUGGAGUACACAUACCAGAGACUACCAGUGUAAAGUGAUAAAUAAAAAUACAACCUAAAUGCUUUUCUAUGAUAAUGUAAAA